AUGGCGGCCGUCGGCACAGCCCAAGCCAUGGACAUAGAGCCGCAGUUCCGCGCGCCGCAGUACCACUCGCCGCGCCAAGACCCGCCCAACGUCGUUAACCUUGCUGACGCCACCAUGGAUGAAGUCGGCAGCCCGGACCGCAUGCCCCGCCGCUCCCCCCUGCCGCCCUCACCAGACCACUACGCUCGCUCGUCUCCGACCUCGUGCGAGCCGCGUGUUCCAUCCAACGCAGGCAGCUAUGACCCCCGAAGCGGUUACCAAGUUACUCCAAGCAGGACCGCGUCGCCUCCCAGGCGGGACACGAAUUCCCUGUUUUCUCGCCGCAACCGCGGGGCGCUCAGUCCCCUGACCACAUUUCAAUCCCCUUCCACCUCCGCCCAAGCUUUGUCCGCUUCCGCCGCUCCGCUGGAUCUAGAAUCCGCUGCGCAAGGCGGCUUUGCCCCUGCCGAUGGGGGGCGGAGCUCCCGUUCCCCCUCCCCCCGCCUUUUCCAGCCCGCCACAGGCACCGACUCCCCGACAAUCUCCCCCGACCAUCCGCGCACCGGACUGUACCUGGGACCCGCUGCGCGGAACUCCCCGCGCGCAAUGGCGGGCGGCGGAAUGCCGUCCGCUCAGCGUGCGGGUUCGCCAGCUGGUGUGGCGGGCGGCGCGGGGACUGGCGCGGGGCUUCCGGUGAACCCCUUCAUUCUGGCGCACGGGGGCUGUCCGCGGUCCCCAAUGCGCUCCCGCCAGCAGCUUUCCGCGUAUGGCGGCUCGCAGCGCGCAAUUGCGCCAUCUCCGCUCUCCGAGCUGCUUAAUAUGGGAGGUUCGACUCGGUUAGAACCCCAGCCUGACUCACUUGAAGCAGACUCGUUACAGAUACAGAUUCCGAGUAAUGAUCGAUCGCAACAUGGCCAGCAGAGGGACGAACAUCCGCAAGAGCGCGACUCGUUCUUGGAGCAGCAGUUCCAGCAGCAGUCACAGCAGCAAGCGCGGCAGCUUUAUUCCCAGCAGAGCGUGCCGUCCGCCGUGCCGUCCGCUGUGCCGCCGCAUCGGUCUCCGCGAUCGUCGUCGCUCGACAGCUACGACCAAGUCAUCGCGUCGCAUUCGCCUCGCGGCGAUUACGGCGGCACUUCGCACGCGCCCCUCGCGCAUCGCGCGCAGCUGCCCUCCCCCAAGCAACUCCACGCGCCUCUCAACCCGCACGCGUCGCAAACCACUCCGCCGCGUAACGGUGCGCCAGACCACAUUUCCCCCUCCCGCGGCGGUGCGGGGCCGCCGAGCGCCUGCGCGCCCAUCGCCACCCCCCGGCCGGUCCGCCCGGCCCAUCGGCGCACAGCCUCCGCUUCCGCCGCCUCCGCGCUCCUCCAGCACAACUUCUCCGCCGACAUGCAUGAGGGCAGCUCCUCCCCGCGCCCCGCUUUCUUCUCCCGCCCGCCUCCCUCCCCGCGCCACACACCCGCGCAGCCUAUUGCGCCAUCCGCCGCAGCGGCGCUCGUGGCCGCCGCUUCCGCGGGAAGCGGACCCGCGACGCCGCGGGGAGCCUCUCCGCGGAGGAGCUCCUCGCCCGCGGGAGUGCGCGCGGUGAACAGUGCGAGCCGCGCCGUACAGGACUUGCACGCGCGGCUGCUAGCUGCCGCCCAGAUGAUUGCCGACGGGUACACGGCGGGCGCAGCUGCUACGGCGGAGGCGGCAGCGGCUGUAGCGGCGGCGAUACAGCAGCAGCAGCAGCAGCAGCAGCAGCAGCAGCAGCAGCAGCAGCAGCAGCAGCAGCAGCAGCAGCAGCAGCAGCAGCAGCAGCAGCAGCAGCAGCAGCAGCAGCAGCAGCAGCAGCAGCAGCAGCAGCAGCAGCAGCAGCAGCAGCAGCAGCAGCAGCAGCAGCAGCAGCAGCAGCAGCAGCAGCAGCAGCAGCAGCAGCAGCAGCAGCAGCAGCAGCAGCAGCAGCAGCAGCAGCAGCAGCAGCAGCAGCAGCAGCAGCAGCAGCAGCAGCAGCAGCAGCAGCAGCAGCAGCAGCAGCAGCAGCAGCAGCAGCAGCAGCAGCAGCAGCAGCAGCAGCAGCAGCAGCAGCAGCAGCAGCAGCAGCAGCAGCAGCAGCAGCAGCAGCAGCAGCAGCAGCAGCAGCAGCAGCAGCAGCAGCAGCAGCAGCAGCAGCAACAGCAGCAGCAAUGGCAGGCGCAACAGCAGCAGCAGGCGCACCAGGCGCAGCAGCAGCAGCAGGGAGGGGGGAAGCGGCAGGGCCGCGCAAUAGGGAUUUCAGAACUGCAGAUGGAGCGGGGGGGCGCGCAAGGAAGCUCCGCGUCAGGCGGGAGUUUCCCGUUGAGGGGAAACUCCCCGCUGAGGCAAGCUGGCGGCGCAGCAGCGGUGGGGUUAGCGGGCCACGCGGAGAGGGCAGGGGGAGACGCGGCCGGCGCAGAAAUGCGCACAGGCGGAGCAGCCGCGGGGGGAGUCUCCCCCACGUCUGAGCGCGCGGAGCAGCUUAAGCGGCGGGGGAGCGCGAUGCUGGGGGAAGAGGAGAUGCGCGCCCUCUCGCACAUGUCCCUGGGGGAUCCCUCAGGGGGCGUUGCGCGUUCAGGUGGAAUUUCAGGUAGGCGCGCAAGCGCAGGUGACUUUGCAGGUUACUCGGGUGCUGGUAACGGGGGAGCUAGUAACGGGGAUGCGGGGGCGUGCAAUCGUCCUGUGAAGCAGCGGGUGUCCACAGGCCAUCGAUCCGCCUCCAGUGGCGUUGGCAGUGGCGGGAGCAGCAGCGGGGGGAGUGUUGAUUAUCCAUCCGCGCUUUCCGCUGCAGCAGCUGCUGCGCUAGCUGCAGCAGGGGCUCCAGUGGGGAUUUCCCCAGGGGAAAUUACUCAGAUUGCCCAGAAAUGGAUGGAGCUGCAGGCGGGGGGGGGCCUGGGCGGGUACGUGCACAGUUCACCCUCGCCUUCCGCCGCUGCUGCCGCCGCCGCUGCCGCUGCGGCCGCACGCGCUUCUGCGUCUGUCGCUCCUGCUGAUGUGGCGGCGGCAGCUCGCGCACAGAAAGCAGCAGCGGAAGCGGCGGCGGCGGCAGCAGCAGGAGUCGCAGGAGGCGCCUCGUUAGGCGGCGCUUCUCCCGUCUCCGCGGCAGCAGAGCGAGCAGCAGCCAAUAGGAGAGCGGCACGUCACCGGCGCACAGGCAGCGCGGAUUUCGUACUGAACAACCCGGGCGAGGCGCUGAAGCCCGCAGGCCCCCUGCGCCAGACCCUCAAGCGCGCCAGCGGCAGCGGGGGCGGGAGCGGGGGCGGGGGCGGGGGGGGUGCGGGGGGCGGGGGUGGGGAGCAGCACGUGGCGCUGCAGGCGCAGCUGCGCCUGUCUGGGUACCACCUGGAUCAUGUCUCCCCGCCCAGCCUCGCCAGGCUGCUCAACCAACCCGCCUUGGGGCCUGUGACAGGAGGGGUGGGCGCAGUAGCUUGGGGCGCAGGGGCAGGGGGAAGGCGAGGAGGGGCGGCAGGCGCGGGGGGAGGUGGGGGAGGCGGGGGCAUUGGGGGCGGAGUGGGAGUGGUGGGGAGGCAUCGGCCGUCGUCGUCCAUCUCGGGGUUUGCAGGAGACAGGCUGGUCACGGCUGCGGCGCUUGCCGAGGCGUCCAAACACCUUGCUCUCGCUGCUGCCGCGGCUGCCCCUCGCACUGCCGCUGCUCCCAACGCUGCUGCUGCUGCUGCUGCUGCUGCUUCUAAGGCGCUGUUCCAACAGCAGCAACAGCAGCAGCUAAUGCAGCUACAACAACAGCGGCUAAUGCAGCAGCAGCAGCAGCGGCAGCAAGAGCAAGGGGAUACAGAGAUAUUGGAUUUGGAUGGAUCCAGGGCGCAGAGUCACAUGGGGCAAUCCGGGCAGAACCAACAGCAGGCUCGCCUGCAGCCCCAGGUGGUUCCUCAGGUGUUUUCUCAGGUGGUGGCGCCACACCGCCAGCAGCAGGGGCGGCAGCUGAACGCUACACUGGGCGCGGGUGUGCGCAAGCCAGCGAGUUUUUCGGGCAAUGUGGCAGAUGUUUUCGGGCAGUAUGAGGGGCUUCCGCCACGGGACCACGUUCUUAGGAAGGAGUAUGGGGCGAUUAAAGGCCUGUUUGUGCUGCAUAGUAAGGAGUUGGGCAGCGGGCAGUUUGGAAUCAUUCGGCCGUGCAUGGAGGUGGCGACCGGGCAGGUGUUUGCGUGCAAGACCAUUGACAAGAAAUGUAUUCAGACGAAGGAGGACGCGGAGGACAUUCGCAAGGAGGUGGCGUGCCUCACGCUGCUGCGCAACCACCCCACCAUCGUGACUCUCAAAGACACCGUGGAGGACGAGGAGAACAUCCACAUAGUGAUGGAGCUGUGUCAGGGCGGCGAUCUCUUCGACCGGGUGAGCAGCAGCGGGCGGCUGUCGGAGCAGUGUGCCGCCCGGCUGUGCCGAGCGCUGGUGGAGGCGCUGCUGCACUGCCACUGCCACGGCAUCCUGCACCGCGACAUCAAGCCCGAAAACAUCCUCCUCUGCGACCGAUCGGAGAACUCAAGGAUCAAGCUCGUGGACUUUGGGGUUGCCACCUUCUUUGACCCUGGCAAGCGGCUCACGGAGGUGCUGGGCACGCCCGAGUACAUGGCGCCAGAGGUGCUGCUGCAGUCAUACGGCCCCGAGGCCGACAUCUGGUCGGCGGGCGUCGUCUUAUACAUCCUGCUGUGCGGCGUGCCACCCUUCUGGGCGUCGUCGCGCAAGUGCGUGGCGGAGGCGAUUCUCAAGGGCUCCGUGAGCUUCAAGUCGGCCAAGUGGGCGAAUGCGAGCGAGGAGUGCAAGGACCUUGUCAUCCAUGGAUUCGCAGGGACGAGCGGCGAGGGCAGCGGGAAUGAGAUGGGAGGAGAACGAGGCCUCGAGCAGGUACAGUCGGUCGCGCGGGACACCCCACCCGUCGCCACGAAGCAUCGCUCCGUGUUUCGCGGUAUCUCGAGCGCGCUACGGUCCAACCGAGCUCCACAGGCCGCCACUGGCGCCGCCGUUACAGCCUCUGACAGCAGCCGAAGUUCUAGUAGUGGGGGCCGCUCGUUAAAGUCGAAUAUUUCCGCGCCCGAGCGCAGCACUGUAUGGGACGCCCUUCAGAGGGCGCAACGCGGCGCAGCCACCGCAGCCACCUCAGCAGCUGCUAGCUCCACGUCAGAACGUGACAAUCGGUCGUCAGACCGGGAAUUGCGGGAAGAGGAUAGGCCGCCGAGCCGGGAAACGCGGGGAGAGACGCGGGAGGAGGAGUGCAGUAGCGGGGGCGAAGAGGUUACUUCUCGUUUUCGUGAGGAAUGGCGAAGCGAGAGAACGGAGGCGGAGGAAAGCCCGCACGGGCAGCAGUCGACGGCUGGAGGUCGCAUCAGCGCGCAGUCGCAACAGCAGGAACGGUCGGGAUUGCGGCAAGGGCAGCAGCUGCUAGGCCCGCCGCGAAAGGCGGGUUCGAACGAGCAGCAGCAGCGCCCUCCGCAGCAACCGCCGCAGCAUCCGCCGCUGCAGCAGCAGGUGCUGAAGCGCCAGACGCACGGGCAAGCUCCCCACGUCUCCCCUCAGGUCGCUCCGCGCGCGCGGAACGCGCAAGGCUUGGCUGAGGGCCUGGCGGAGGGGGCGGAGCGGUCGACCAGCGCGCCGAGGGUGCACCAUGCGCGGAGGGCCAGCAGCGGCGCAGCGCUUGCGCUGCCAUCGGCGCAAAACGCGGGUGAGGGGAGGAUGGGGGGCUUGCGGGAUGGCAGCCCCGCGAAGCCCAUAAGCGGACGCGGGGGAAGAGACGGGGCUUCCGCGCAAGCGGAUUUCGAGCCUAAGCGGAGCCAACUUUCCCCCAUGCAGCUCCCCCAAUCGCAGCAGGCAGCCAGUGCGGGCCCGCGGGCUGGAGUUGGAAAUACCCCUCCGCGAUUGAGGCUAGAUCGCAUGGCGAGUACGGGUUUCCUGGCGGUAAGCCCGGAGAACCGAUCCCCCGCCGCUACAGACAUGCUGGGGCGGCCGUUCCCUGUGAAGCAGGCGCCCUCCCGCUCCAGCUCCGAGGCUUCCGACGCGGAAGAGGAGGGGGAAGGCGGAACGGGAAAGGCGGGGGGCAGGGGGGAAGCAAAGGGGGAAGCGGGGGUGCGCAGGGGGGAGAGUGCUGGGGGAACGGCGCAGGGAGGGGGGAGUGGGGCGGGUGGGCCUGAGAUAGUGGUGGGGGAUGUGCUGAGCAUGCUACCCGACAGCAUAACGAAUAUGUUCUUCACGAGUAUAAAGUCUGAGCCGCCCAGUCCAGUCCCUUUUGGUACCCCAAUAGCCAGUGGGACCAAUCAGACAGGCAGCGCGUCAAAGCAGGCGAUUAAAGACGUCUCUAGAGGGGCGGAAUCAGCGUCAGAGUCUGCUGACGGGCGCCCCGUUCAGGAUAUGGCGAUUGCGUUUGCUGUGCCCAACUCCCACAGCGACAGCAGCAGCACAGGAGACGUGUCCUUUCCCUUCCCCUCCUCCUCCUCCUCCUCCCACGCCCACCACCAACCCCCCGACCAAACCCCUUCAUUCCCCUCCCGCGCGUCCCACCACCCGCCCAGGUCCCACCUCCCCUCAGCCUCAGUAGACCUCGACCCCAGAUCGCACCCCCCCUGGAACCAGCCGCCUGAUGCCUCCCCCAUGAGCCUCGCCGGCUGGUUCCCCUCCUCCUCCUCCUACCAGGAACCUUCCGAGCACUCGAGUGAGGGAGGAGCAGGGAUGGGGGAGGGGGAGGCGGGGUUGGGCGGGGCUGCUCCGCGGACUCCCCCCAGGCGCACCGUUUCGGGGGUUGAUCCGCGGACUAGCAGCCGCGUGUCCCCUGAGAAGUGGGGGAAUGGGGGGAUAGGGGGAGCUGGGGGGGAAGGGGCGGGGGGAGGGUUGGGGGGACUGCAAGGGAGGGGGGGAGAGGUGGGAAGGGGUUCGGGAAGGUGGAGAACGAUAGGGGUACCAGCCAGCAGGAGCGACGAGGCGUCUGAAGGCGCUCAGAGGAUCAGCGUGGGGGCGGGGAGAGGGGCACCAGAGCGACCUGCCACUGCCGCGCCUGCUCCUUCCGCCUCUGCCUACGCUGCUGAACGCGCUGCUGACGCUGCUGACCGUGCCGCUGCUGCUGCUGCGGCUGCAGCGGCUGCUGCUGCGUCUGGAGGUGGAGGCAUGGAUGGGGCUAGCACCCCCCGGCAGCGGCUAUUCAACCGAGCUAACAGCGACCCUGAGCCCAGAGCGCCGGGGGACCCGCGCCCCAACACCAGCAGUGGCGCGCUUGGGGGGGCUGCAGGCAGGGGGGAUGGCGGAGGGGGGCGGGGGGGUGGGGAGGCAUCACUGGCGCGGCAGGUGCUGAGCAAGUGGCGGCACAAGAUAGACUCGCGGCGCCCUGGCACCCCCCCCACCGUGCCCAAGAAAGACUUUCCCCCGCGCCCCCAUGCCCCUGGGGAUCAUCACCAUCAGCAGCAGCACUCGCAGCAGCAUGGCAGUAACAGUAGGUUGAUGGCAGGGGGUGGGGCGAGCGAGGGAGGGAGUGGGGCAGGUGCUGCUUCGGGGGAGCUGUGGGGCGGCAGCGGACGGCCUUUGUUGGCUGCUUCCCGCACGUCGUCCAACAUAGAAGGCAUGCUGCGCGGAGGGGAGGGGGGCGCGGGGAGGCGCUUGCAGAACGUGUGGGGGGGGGAGGAGAGCGAAGGGGAGGACGGUGCUUCUGUUGCUGGAAGUGUUGUUGUUGGUGGUAGUGGUGCGCAUGGGAGAGAGGAGAGGGGGGCAGCAGCGGGCCCCCAUGGCGCUGGUCCGCGCACUGGCGCUGCCCCAGGGGCUGGGCGGGGGCACCAGCGGCGCAUGUCAUGGCAGCAACCCCUGGAGGCGCGGGAGCAGCAGUCGCAGGUGUGGCAAAACCAAGGGGAGAUGGAUGGCGGGCAGAAGAGCGCAGGGCAGCAGAGGAUGCCAGGAGGGGGGAGAGGGGAGGGGGUUAUGGGCGGAAGGGCGGGGCCAGGGGGGAGAAUGGGGGGGAGAGGGCGGGGAGGUGGAGGGGUGGGCGGGGAGGGGAUGGGAGGGGGAAGGGGAGUGGGGGGAGGCGAGGUGGGGGGGGUGGCAGGCAGUGUGGAUGAGGGGUAUGGGGAGGAACGGCAGGGGCGGGAGAGGUAUGGGGGGCAGAAGGGUGGCGGGGGGGACUCGUCCCCCGUGGAGAACGCUGCAAAGAACAUUGUGUCUAAAUGGCGCAAAUUCGUUAAGUCUCGGACGCCGGAUAAGGGCGGAGGAGGAGGGGGAGGAGGAGGAGGAGGAGGAGGAGGAGGAGGAGGAGGAGGAGGAGGAGGAGGAGGAGGAGGAGGAGGAGGAGGGGGAGGAGGGGGAGGAGGGGGAGGGGGAGGAGGGGGAGGGGGAGGGGGAGGGGCGGGGGAGGGAGGAGAUGGCGUGCAGCGGAGGGAGAGGGAGCGGGAGAGGGAGAGGGAGAGGGAGAGGGAGAGGGAGAGGGAGGGGGAGGGGGAGGAGAGAGGGAGAGGGGAUGAGGGGGAGAGGGGGAGGGACGUGGUGCAGCAGUUGGACUUCACUGGGUCGAGCAGUGGGGAGCUGAGUGGCAGUGAAGCGCGCCUUCAGAGGCGCUUCUCAGACAAAUCCCGCGCCCCCCUUCCCCCCCAUGCCGCACGCAACUCCACCCCUCCUCGCCUCGCCCCCCCUGCGCCCUCUGCCCCGCACCACUCCUCUCUCCGCCCUUCCUCCCCCUCCCUACGCCCCUCCUCCCCUUCCCUACGCUCCUCCUCCCCGUCCGUCCGCUCCUCCGUCCCCUCCCUCCGCCCUCCAUCACCCUCCCCUUGCUCCCCUUCCCCGUCCAUCCGCCCCCCAUCCCCCUCCAUGCGCCCGUCCUCCCCCCCCAUGUCCUCGCCCUCCUCCAUCACAUCAGCCUCUAGCUUCGCCUCUUCCUCCCUUGCCUCCUCCGCUGCCCCCCCGUUGCUCUCCAAGUUUCCCCGAAGUGCUUCCACUGCUGCCCCUAACACCGCUGUAGGCCCGGUUUACUCCGACCCUACAAUAGCACCCUCCAGUCGCAACAGAUUCCCCAGGCCUCACGCCGAACCUGCCACGUCUACAGGUUCAGCAGGCUCCUCCACGUCGCCGCCACUUGUCAGGUCCGUUACUGCAUCUGGAUCAGGCCCGGGAGGCCUUGGCUCGGCCCAUGGCAAGCCGGCAGGUUCGGGGUGCAAGCCAGUGGACAUAUCUCAGGCUCUGAACAACCUGCUGUCGCUGCUAAGCCCGGAGGAGCAGCAGAAGCUGAAGCAGUCUUGGAGCCUUCUAGACAGCGGCGCAGCAGCAGGGGAAGGAGGAGGUGGGGGAGGGGGAGGUGGCGCAGUGGGCAUGGGCGCAGGGUUGUUGCUAGCGGGGGAGGGAGGGGAGGGGGUGCAUAAGCAGCUGAGCGCGCAGCAGGAGCAGCAGCAGCAGCAGCAGCAGCAGCAGCAGCAGCAGCAGCAGCAGCAGCAGCAGCAGCAGCAGCAGCAGCAGCAGCAGCAGCAGCAGCAGCAGAUGCGGCUGCAGCAGGUGAAGCAGCAGCUGCUGCAGCAGAGGGGCGGGCAGGUGGGGGGCAUGGGGGGGAGGGGAGCGGGCGCAGGGGGAAGGGCAGGGGGAAGGGGAGGCGGAAGGGGGCACAGGCGGCAGAGGACAGAGGGUGGGCUGGUUCUGGGCGGUUUCGGUGGGGAUCUGGGGUUGGGGGAGACGGGGGUAGAGGGGGGGAAAGAGUGGGCGGAGAGGGGGGUGGAUGUGAGGGAGGGUGGGGGAGGGAGAGGGGGUGAUGUGAGGGGAUUGCAAGUCGUGGGACCACAAGGGACGGCUGGAGCAGCAGCAGCAGGAGCAGCAGGGGGACGAGGAGGGGGAGGACGGGGGGCAGCAGGCGGGAGGCUAGGAGCAGUACGGGCGGGGGGAAGAGGAGGGGCGGGAGGGGAAGGGAGGGCAGGGAGGGGGCGGCACCAGCGCACGAGAUCAGACUUUGUGAUUGGCGGGGUGGAUAUGAGUCUCGACGUGGGUGUGGGGUUGGGGUUGGGGUUGGGGUUGGGGGCGGGGGCAGGGGCGGGAAUGAGCACUACAGGGCGCGCUAGCAUGGAUGGUCCUGGGCUGGCCAGAGGGGCAGGUAGAGAGCACAGCGGCGCAAGAGAGGGCGCAGGGCGGGAGGGGGCGGGGAGGGCGCAAGCAGCAGGCGGGUUGGGUGGGGUGGGGAGGGGCGGGGGUGGCAAGGGGGAAGGUGAGGAGCGGAAUGGGCGGCUGCUGCGGAGCCGGUCGGGCGCUGCUGGGCUGCUGGAGGCUCAUGGGGAUGGGGAGAGGAGCGAGAGGAGUGAGAGGAGUGAGAGGAACGAGAGAACGGAGCAUGAGAGGCGCGGGAGGGGGGGAGAGGAGGACAGGAGUGUGUCGGUGGGGCGGCGGAGGGAGGUGGGGUGGGCAGACCUUGAUGCCGAGGUGCAAGGGGGAAGGGGGGAUGCGAGAGGCGGGGGGGAGGCGAGAGGCAUGGGGGAGAGAGGCAUGGGGGAGAGAGGCGUGGGGGGGAGGGAGACACUGUUGCGAGCAAGGUCGUCCCGGGAAGGUGGAGCGCGCGGGCUGCUACUGGGUGAUCUGGAAGGGGGUGCAGGGGAGGAGCGCACAGGCGGGGCAGCAGCAGCAGCAGCAGCAGCAGGUGGGGCAGGGACGGGGGCGGUGGGUGGGGGGAGGGCGCGGGGGGAGCUGACGCGAUCCCGGUCUCAGAAGGAGGGGGGUUCCCGAGGGGUCAUGUUUGCUGAUACGGUGGAAGAUUCGUGGAAGGAGCAGGCUAGUGAGGGAGUGAGGAGGCGACUGUCGGAUCCACCGCGCGACCAUCACAGUCAAGGUCAAGCGAGUCAAGCGAGUCAAGGGAGUCAAUACAGUCAAGGCAGUCAAGACAGCCAACCAAGGCGGCAUGUGAGAGAGGCAAGCGAGGACAUGGGGGACGAUGUGGUGGACGCCAGGCCCCUCGUGCACGUCCCCGCCCCGCUGCUGCCGCCCUCCCCCCGCCCGUCCCUGCCCAGUCAAGCCAGUCAAGGCAGUCAAGGGACGCAGCCAGGGCAGCAGCAGGGUGAGGGGGGGUGGGAGCUGAGGCAGCAGGGGGCGCAGCAGGGGGUGCAGCAGCAAGGGGGGCGUGGGGGGAGGCAUGCGAGGGAAGAUUCAAUGGAUCUGGACGAUGACGUUGUGAAUGCGGUGCCGCUGGCGCCUCUAGACAGGGCCACUGCUGUUGUGGAUGAGGAAGAGGAGGGAGGUGAGUCGGUGAGUGAGAAGGGCAGCCCGGGGGUGAGCGCGGGGAGGAGUGGCGAGGGGGAGGAGCAGGAGGGGCGGGUGCAGCAGGGGCAGGUGCAGCAGCAGUCAGGGGGAGCAGAGUUGGUAGACUCGCCACGGGUGAUAUCGCCGCCACUACCAGCAGCGCCAGGGGGGGCAGGGUUGGGGGCGAUGGGACUUGCAGCAGCAGCAGCAGCACGGCGGCAGCAGCAUGUGAACCCGUGGCAGCAGACCCGCGAGAUGGAGGACAUUCUAAUGCCCUCCCGCGACCUCUCUCCCGCCCGCCCCUCCUCCUCCUCCUCUGCUGCUGGUGCCGGUGCUGCCAGCGGUGCGGGCAGGGGCAAGGGCGGCAAGGCAGGCAGCAGCAGCAGCAGCAGCAGCGCUGCAGUGGUGCGGUCGACAUCAGUGCGAGAGACCUCCUCCACACGCCCGGGCUUCUCUGUUGAAGUGCCCUCGCACCCUCACCUCCACCACCCCAUGCACAAGCACAUGGGAGCAGCAGGCGCGGCAGCAGCAGCAGCAGCAGCAGACAAGGACGGGCAGGUGAGUUCCCGAGGGAGCUCCCGACCCGACACGCCCGCCUCACGGCCAGACUCCCGACCCGACACGCCUGCCUCACGGCCAGACACGCCAUCCUCCCGCCCUGCCACGCCCUCAUCACCGGUGUUCAUCAUGACUCCCCGGGGGGGCCUGCGCCUGUCACGGCGCCUCAUGGGCGUGGAGGGCGCAGAGGACCUCAUGAGGGCUGCUCUCGCCCGCCUGCAGCACCACUCCCACGCCGCCCCCUCAGGUGCCUCCUCAGGUGCUUUUCCAGGUGCUGUUGUGUCGCCGAGACGGGAGGGGGAGGCGGCUGUGUAUGGCAGCUGGGCGGGAGGAGGGCUGGCUGAGAAUGCUGCCGACUCGCUACAGUCCCUUGCCGCCCAGGUCUCUGCCGGCCGGUUGCCGGCCAGGCCAGGAUCUAGUGGAGGGAACGGACCAGUUACUGUGGCUCCACCUACAGUGGCCCCUGCCGCCCGGCCGUCCUCUCGCCCAAUGGCGAUGCGGCCGACAACCCUAGAUCUUCCUGCCGGCCGGCCAGGGUCACCAUUGGCUAGCGGGUCAAUAGCAGCAGCAGGAGGAGCAGGAGCAGCAGGUGGUACCGGCACGCACCCCUCGCAUCUGCCCUCUGACUCUCUGAGUCCUCCCUUCUCCAGCAGUCUCUCUCCUGCUGGCCUCAGCUCCCCCGAAUCCGCCCUCUCUAGCCCGCCCCUGGCCGAGGUUGCAGUGUGGGCGCCGGGGGAAGGGGGAGGUGUGGGCAUGGAGAGAGUGGGGUCCGGUGGGGGUGCUGUGGGGGCUGGAGGUGAGGGGCUGUCUCGACAGCACCAGCAGCAGCCGCAGCAGGAGCAGCAGCAGGAGCAGCAGCAGGAGCAGCAGCAUCAGCAGCAGCAGCGGCAGGGGGGGAGAUUGGAGGUGGGUGAAGGCCCAUGGCUGGGAGCAGCAGUGAGCGAAGCAGAGAGGAGAGCAGGAGGGGGAGCAAGCACAGGAGGAGGGGAGGUGUGUGGGAGCCCGGAGGGGUCGGUGGGGGUGUGCUCGCUGGUGGACGUGUGCUCGCCCGUGUACAGUGCCGACGAGGGCAGCGUUGUCCUGGGCGGCGGCGGGCGGCGGUUGUCACGGCAUUCCAGCCGGGCGUCUAUAGGGUCGCCUGAGGCCGGGGCGGGCGGGGGAAGAGGGGGAAAGCGGGGCGCGUGGGGGGUGGGGGCGAUUUUGGAGGGCGGAGAGGGGGGGGUGGGUGGGGGAGGGGAAGGAGGGGCGGAGGGGAAGCGGGCAAGGGCGAAAGUGGGGGAGAGGAAAGGGGAGGGGGAGGAGGGUGAGGAGGGGGAAGGAGAGGCGCAUGGAAGAGGCAGUCAGGAAGCCGAUGCAUUUGAGUUUGACAUGGACGAUGCUGACGUGGCAGCAGCCCAGGAUGGCCCGGCUGGCGCUGACGUGGCACGGGACGGCCGGCCCGCGGCCAAUGGGGCCCUGCCAGGGGGGAUGGGUGGGGACAUGGGGAGCAGCAGCAUGGGCAUGGAUGGUCACAUGCAUGGUGCCAUGCCCUUGGAUGGCUCUCCACACAUGAUGAUGAAUGGCAUGCCCAUGCCUCUGCCUAAUGGUGCCCCACAAUUUUCCGGGCAGGUCUUCCCCCCCGGGAUGAUCCCAGACAUGAACGGGCAGCAUCAGCUCAUCCCCGGGCAGAUGUUUCCAGACCCCUCUCAGUCCUUCCCCCAAGGAGACGAGCAAUUUCCCUUUCCCGGGCAGCCCUUCCCUCUGCCCGGAUACCCAUUCCCUCUCCCCGGGCAACCCAUGCCGGAAGGCAUGCAGGGGCAGCUUCCUCCCGGGCAGUUUCCCGGGCAGCCGCCGCAGAUCCCCGGCUUCCCGGGCGGGUUUCCGGGCGGCAUGCUGCCGGGGCAGCUGGGCGGCAUGAUGCCGCCCGAGAUGCUCCCGGGGCUACAGUGCCCGCGGUUCAUCCUGCGCCGCCCGUAUCGCAGCAUAGAGCGAGAGUACAUGCUGCAGGAGAGGGCGCCCCUGGGCACGGGGCAGUUUGGCAUCAUCCGCAGCUGUGUGAAGCUCAAGACGGGCGAGGUGCUGGCGUGUAAGAGCAUCAGCAAGAGCACCUUCCAGUACGCGGACGAUGCGGAGGCGGUGGGCAUGGAGGUGGCGGUGAUGGAGAUGCUCAACGGCCACCCCCACAUCAUCCGCAUGCGCGACGCCUUUGAGGACUCCCGGGACGUGCACAUAGUGAUGGAGAUGUGCACGGGGGGCGACCUGCACGACCGAGUGAAGACGCACGGCCCCUACAGCGAGGAGGGGGCGGCUGCGGUGCUGCGGGGACUGGUGGAGGCGCUGCUGUGCUGCCAUGGGACGGGCGUCAUGCACCGCGACGUCAAGCCCGAGAACGUGCUCAUCUGCGACACGCAGGACGACACACGGGUCAAGCUGAUCGACUUUGGGGUCGCCACGUUCAUCGAGCCAGACGCCUCCUGCAUGGAGUUCGUGGGCACGCCCAUGUACAUCGCCCCGGAGGUCAUCACCGGCGCGCACGGCCCCGAGGCCGACAUUUGGUCGGCGGGCGUCGUCUUAUACAUCCUGCUGUGCGGCAUGCCGCCCUUCUGGGCGUCCACCAAUGAGGCCAUCUUUCAGGCCAUCAAGGAGAGCGAGGUGUCCUUCUCCUCGCCGCGCUGGCAGACCAUAUCGGAGAGCGCCAAGAACCUUGUAAAGAGGAUGCUUACAAAGGAUCCCAAGAUGCGCAUCCUGGGUGCUCAAGUGCUCGGUGAGUGCUGGGUGGGAUAG